AAUUUAGGAAAAAAUUAUGUUUACGACACUGUCGAUUUGACACAAUUGACAGACUUUACCGUUAAAUUUAAAAAAAUUCCGUUGCUCUCAUUUUAUAAUAGUUGUUUUUGUGAUGUGAUCGGGUCAUUUGUAGUACUAAAGCUUGUAAGCUGGGAUUUUUUAAAAGAAGUUAAAAGUAUUUUGUAUUGUAUUGUUAUUUGCGUGCAUAAACAAUGAACACGAGUAAUGUUAAUUGCGGAUUUGGAUCUCUAUCCAUUAUCCUCAAAAAUGGUAUCAAAAACUACUAUUUGCAAGAAGAUGAAAUCAAGAUCGGCUCUUCCGAUGAGGCCGAUAUUCGAUAUGGCAAUGUACCAGGAUUAGAAUCCAUACAUUGCACAAUCAUUGUGGAAAGGAAUGGCAAAGCUACCAUAUUCAACAUGAGCAAAUCGAAUCCCAUAAAAGUAAACGAUGAAAUCGUAGAAAAAUCCCAUCGACUGCAAAAUGGUGAUACAGUCGAUAUGAUGGGAAAGAUAUUCAAAUACAAUUCUAACGAUGUGCAGAAGACUCCAAAAACGAAAAAUGUAAGAUUGGUACAAAGCGAAAGCAAAUACGGCAACCCCAAACCUGCAACGAGGAGUUCUUUAUCCAGCAUUAAGAAGAAACCCGAAACGAGAAUACCGAAUUUUUCUGGCGGUACUAAAAGCUUUUUAAAAAACAGAGGAAAAUUGCCGGGUUCGUUGAUUCCAGUAAGAGCCGCUUCGAAAUCGCUUUUCCAGGGCUCCGCUGGCAAACAAGCGAAGAUAUCAUUACCCGCAAGCAUGUCGCUUGGGAUUCGUACACCUUCUAAGUCCAAUACAUCUAAAUUAUCAUUGAAGGAAAACCCUUCUACGGUAGAAAACAUGGAAUGUACUGAAGUUGACGAAGAAGCGCCACCUACAGAUCAAUCUACAACACAAUCUCUAUCUAAAUUGUCGACAAAAGUAAAUCAUUCUACGAUAGGUAACCUGGAAAAUACCGAAUUCGAAGAGCUACUAAACCAAACUGCCGCACCUAACGAAUCGGUUGUAUACAAUUUCAAAACUUCCACAGCCAAAAAAGGCGCCCAAAGCUUCAGGGAAGCAGAAGAAAUAACCGAUCUCAUAGACCUAGAGGGGACUUUAAAAACCCCUGUCCCGACUAAACGGUUUUCGUCAAGGCGCAGCUCGAAAUCGUUGCUGUUAGAUCACCUACCAUCGCCUAUUAAGCCAUUGAGAUCGAAAAAUAAUUCCGCAGUCGAAGGAAACUCGACUUUAAUGUCCGAGAACGAUUACGAAACCGCCGCCGAAUCCGCCGUUACGACUCCCUACAUAAACAAAUCGCGUAAAUCGACGAUGAGCUCCAAAAAGUCCCUGCCUGCCGACGAUUCGAGCAGUCUCUACGAGGAAUUACCGUCACCGAUUGCUCCGGAGGGUCCCGUUUUGGCCAAUCUGGCGCUAGAAACACCCGUUUUCUCGAGGAGAUGCAGCUUGAGAGCCUCCAAAUCGAAUUACAGCCAUAUCUCUGACUCGACUUGCGAUUUAACUGUCGAAGAAAAGACGAUGGAGAAUGUCAAAUCCUCGGAGAGCAUAUCAAUUGUAUCCUUACACGAUACUACUCAAGAAUCUAACGAUAGUACUAUGCAGAGUUGUUCGAGUACGAGUUCGAAUGCUUCAGAAGAUCCAAUUGUGCUUUCUAUUAAAGAUAGUACCGAGGAAUCGAUCGAUACAUCAGAAAGGUCUUCGAACACUCCUUAUCGUCCCAUCCUCGAAGACAUCACUCCGGUCAGCUCCGAGAAGGCAUCGACUAGCAAACUGACGUUCGCACGAUUGUCCGAAACGCCAAAGGAAGAGGCCGGAGGCCGGAAAAAUUUGACGUCCACCCCGAAACCUCCGAAGGAACCUUUAAACGAUCUAUCCGAUGUUAGAGGUGUGAAGAAAUUGCUGAAAACGCCUCGAGUGCAAAGGGAACCUUUGAACGACCUCACCGAUUUGAGGGGUGUGAAGUAUUUACUGGCCACGCCGAAACCUCUAAAAGAGCCUCGAAAUGAUCUAACCGAUGUAAGUGGAGUAAAAAAAAUACUGGCCACGCCGAAACCUCUAAAAGAGCCUCGAAAUGAUCUAACCGAUGUAAGGGGAGUAAAAAAAAUCCUGGCCACGCCGAAGCCUUUAAAAGAGCCUUUGAACGACCUUACCGAUGUUAAAGGUGUGAAGAAAUUAUUGAAAACGCCGAAGGUGCAAAGGGAACCCUUGAACGAUCUGACCGAUGUUAGAGGCGUAAAGAAAAUAAUGGCCACUCCGAAGGCUCCGCAGGAGCCUCUAAACGACCUCACCGACGUUAAAGGCGUGAAAAAAUUAUUGAGGACGCCGAAAGUUCAAAACUCACCCAGGAAUGAUUUGUCCGAUGUACAGGGAGUUAAAAAGAUCAUGGCGACACCUAAACCGGUUAAAGAGCCAUCCAAUGACCUUUCGGACGUCAGAGGGGUGAGGCAGUUGAUGAAGACUCCGAAGGAAGAGCGGGAACCGGACUAUCAAGGAGUGGCCGAUUUGUUUUCGAAAGUGUUUGAGAAGGCUCCGUUGAAAACCUACAGAGGACAGUCGUCGCCCGAAAAAACCGAAACUAACUACAACAUUUCCGUUUAUGUGGACCCCAGUGUGGAAAAUUGGGUUGAAAAAACGACUGAAGCAACCGGCAUAAGGAAGAGAAGACUCAGGAUUGUUGAAGAAGUGACUUAUUAUGACAGCAACAAGAAAACCGAACCGGCCAGGAAGACUAGGCGCCUGAGGAAAUUAACAGACGAUCAAAUUGCUGAUGAGUCAUCAGAAGGGCCUGUCGAAGCUAAAUCUACUAAGAAAACUGCUAAAAAAACUUCUAGAAAGCAACUCCGAACCAAAAAGGAACCCGAAGAAACCAAAGAGGAAUCAGAAGAACCCGAAUCUGAACCAACCGUUGAAGAACAAUCCGAUAAAUCUAGUAAGACAAAGACCAAAACCAGUAAAAGAAAGAAGACCAGUAAAGAAAUAGAAGAGCCUGCCAAAGAAGAAGAAGAAGAAUCUGUUGAAACCAUUAAGAAAAGAAAGUUGAGUAAUGACGUUGAAGCAACCUUAAAGGAACCUGUUAGAUCCACAAGGAGGAAUAAAUCUGUCACCAAUAAAAAAGUAAUGGAACCCACUGAAGAAGAGUCUCUAAAAACAAAUAAAAAAAGUAAGACAACGAAAAAGAAUACUAAAAAGGAUGACGAAGAAUCAGCUGAAACCGAUAUGAAACCAAAGAGACGUAAGAUCAAUACUAAACAGGAUGAAGAAGAAUCUGUCGAAAUCAUUAAGAAAAGCAAGUUGAGUAAUGACGUUGAAGACACCUUAAAGGAACCUGUUAGAUCUACAAGGAGGAAUAAACCUGCCACCAAUAACAAAGUAAUGGAACCCACUGAAGAAGAGUCUCUAAAAACAAAUAAAAAAAGUAAAACGACAAAAAAGAAUACUAAAAAGGAUGAGGAAGAAUCGGCUGAGACCAAUAUGAAACCGAAGAGACGUAAGAAUACUAAACAGGAUGAAGAAGAAUCUGUUGAAACCAGUAAGAAAAAGAAAACUACAAGAGAAAUCAAAGAGAGAAGGAAUCAAGGGAAGUCUUCGAGUAAUGAAGCUUCCUCAAGUAAAGAAAAUAUUGAGCCGAUUGAAGAGGGAAGGGAAAAACAGGGGAAAACAAAAAGGAAGGCUAAAAAUGCGGAACCUUUAAAGGAAGAAAGCAUUUUACCGAAGAGGGUUUUGAGGAAACGAAAUAACUCUGUAAAUUAUAGUGCCUGAGAAUGAGUCGUGACAAAUUAGAAAAAGUACUUUAUAAGAAGAAAUAUUUUAUAUUAAUUUACAGUUUAACUAUUAUAUUUUAUUAAUUAAAUUAAGUAUUUUUGCCAAAACCAAACAUUUGAAUCGGUAAUUUUAGUCAGUUUUAUAAAUGAUUGCCUUGACAGGUCAAGUACUUUCAAAAAUGGCUGAAUAGUAAAGACAGCAGAGGCCAAAAUUUUCAAAGAAGAUUGUAGAACUUUUAGGUUAUAAAAAUGGACCAAAACCUAAAUGCUACACAAAUUCGUUUAGAAAUUUUAUACAAAAUCCGCGAACUGUAUAGCGACAUAUUAAAUUCGUACGUAGCCGACUAUUACCUGGAAAACCACUGGAACAAAUUAUCUACCUCAUGGAAAAGCUUUUUCGGCAACAUCGACGUGUCCGAUCUGAGCAACGUAUUGGACCUGACGAACCCGCUCCACAAGAAACUAUACCCUUUGACUUUACUUUGCCUACGAAAUAUCAUAACAAACAACAUCUUGUCGAGGAAAUCGCUCGGAAAUUCCACAAAUAGUGAUGACAGUAAAUUCAUGAACUUCCUAUGGAAGAACGUGAAAUUGAAAAAACGUCACGAAAUAGACCGAAUGGCCAAAUUGUGCCACGAUUCGGCUCAGAAAACAAACUGCUUCCGAAUAGUCGACAUUGGCUCAGGACUGGGCCACCUCAGCAGGAUGCUUUCUUACAAAUACGGCUUCUCCGUUUGCACAUUCGAAGCCGUCGAAUCCCUCACGAACCUAGCCAGGCGAAUGGACAGCAAUUUCGAACAAACCUUAAACAAGCGGAACAUUCGCCACAAAAGCGUCUUCCGAACAAUCCACAUAAACCGAAGAAUAAGCGAGGAUUUCAUCCGGGACGAGUUCCUCAACUGCGUCGCAAAGUCCUUUGACAACGACAACGUUAAAUUCGGAUUGGUCGGGCUACACCCCUGCGGGGAUCUGGGUGCCUUACUUCUCAAGCUAUACGCAAACUGCCCUAACAUACUCUUCAUCAACAUAGCCAGUUGUUGCUAUAUGAAAAUAACCCUACAGCCGAUGGACGAGGCCUAUUUCCCUUUGAGCGAGUUCUGCAAAAGCAGGCGAUUCGCGCUGUCUUAUUUGGAUUGCGAGAUCGCGUGCCACGCUAUAGAAAACUACUCGGAGAGGCUGAACAACGCGGAGGAGUACCAGAAGCUGAAAAUUCACGCCUACAGGGCCGCCCUGGAGGAUAUACUCGUGGCGGCCGAUUCGAGUUUGAGGCAUUCGAUGGUGUGCGGGGCUAAAUGCGAUAAAAACCUAACCUUCAAGGAUUAUGUUAAAAAAGUCUGUGAUAAGCUGCACAUAUUAGGCGAGGAGAAAAUCGAUUCGUACGAGAACAUUAUCAUCGAAACUUGGAGCAACGUUGUGGUUUUUUAUUCGAUUAGGUUGUUAUUGGCUCCUGUCGUCGAGAAUGUUAUAUUGUUAGAUAGGUUGUUGUAUCUUUUGGAAAAUGGUUGUUUUUCGAAAAUUUUGCCGAUUUUUGAUUGUAAUAUUUCGCCUAGAAAUCAAGUGUUAUCUAGUGUUAAAAUUAAAGACUGACAAUUGUUCAUUGUUUCUUUUGAUAGAAUCAUCAUCAUCGAAAUGUUCAAUUAAAUGUAUUGUUUAUUAAGAAAUAAUACAAUAAUGAAGAUCGAUGAAAGUUCUUCGAAAAGUGAAGAUUCCAAAUACUCCGACUGGAAAAAAAUGAAACUUACUCCAAUUUAGUUGAAGAUCGAUGAGAGUUCCUUAUAAAGUGAAUUGUAAAUUUCCACAGUUUUGUCUCUCGUGUAAAUCAAUACAUCUACUAAUGUCUUCUGCAUGUUUUCAGGUGACAAAGAUCCA